UCACAGCUGCUGCUGACCAGCCAGGUGUGGCACACAGGCGAUGGCGAAGAUGAGCCGAGUUGUGACCUUCUUUGUCCUCUUCCUGGACUCUUGGCCCAGUGCGGAGCGCUACCCUUACCCCCAGGUCAAAGGUUCAGAUAGUACAUUUUCCUCAAGUUCAACGAGUAUGGAAAAAGAUAUGGCUAAAAUAUUUGAUGACAUUCUGCAGCAGGUGUCUCCUAAGGAGCUGGAUGUCGAAGUUUUUGGGAAAACAAGUACGACAGUGGGGCCAGUUACAAGGGAAGACCUGGAUGAAAGUUAUUUCCAACGAAACAGCUCAAGAAAUUCUGAAUUUGCAUCAAGUUCAAAUAAGGAAGAUGAACAUUUGAAAAAAAUAUUGGAUGACAUUCUGCAGCAGGUGUCUCCUAAGGAGCUGGAUGUCGAAGUUUUUGGGAAAACAAGUACGACAGUGGGGCCAGUUACAAGGGAAGACCUGGAUGAAAAAGCCAGUGUGUCUCGGAAUUCUGAGGAAGAAGAUGACAUUCUUGAAAGAAUGGACAAACUUCCAGAUGAUGACCCGCUGAGUCCAAAACUCAGGGAUGAGCCCAGAACUGUGCUUCUGACGAGCGCUUCCCAUGUUUCCGAUGCCUAUGUCACUGUGGAGAGCAUGGCCUCAGCCAUGGACCGCAUUUCAAAGAAGAGAGACAGAGUAUCUUCCCUAGUCAACAACGAUGUGACUGCAGGAGUACUUCGGCAAGGUACCAGUCCAGAUCUGCCUUGCGGGGAGCUUCUGCACUUCCUGCAGAAGAACAUCAUCACUGUCGCAGGCGCCGUGGCGAUGAUGUUUGGGGUCAUGGUGCUGUUGGUGUUCGCGCUGACUUCUUACAUGAAGAGGAGGCAGUCACUGACUCCUCCAGCGAACAUGACUUACAAUAUUUUUAUAUUGGAUGAGAAGAGUUGGUGGCAAAAACCUCAGGAAAGUCCCAGACAAUUUGCAGAAAAACAAAAACAGUUGAAGUGAAAUUCCUGUGUGUGAGCUGGUGCAAGGGGCCACCCCAACCGGGCUCUGAGGCGGCGAUGCUAGGACGUUUUCCACCCAGACACCACGGAGAGGCUACUGGGUCUCUGGCUGUGAGGUGUGUUCCUCUUCUCUUUCCAAUCUUGAACGGACCAAGAAAGAGUGCCUUACCAUUGAUAUCUAUGGUGACACAGCACCAAUGACCAGUGCAAGAGACUUAGGCAAUUAUCUAAAGACAAACCUGACCAAUGAUGAUGGAUUUAUUCAUUUAAUAAAGCACUGAUUUAUUUAGUCAUGGA